UUUAAAUAGCAGGUGUUUGAAGUCGUGCUCGCGAGGCGUCUCGGUGUUGUCCUUCAGGUCCUUAAACAGAGACACUCGGAACCCGGUAUUCUUCUCCAAUGUCCGCCACCAGCACCGAAACCUCCGCUCCUCUCCCGCCCUCCGCCGGCCGGGUCUUCUUCCAGGCGGCGCCCGGGGUAGGUUGCGCGGCCAACGGCCACAUGCAGCGGGACGACCCGGUGCAGAAGAAACAGGGCAAAGUGACGGUGAAGUACGACCGCAAAGAGCUGCGCAAGAGGCUCAUUCUGGAGGAGUGGAUCAUCGAGCAGCUGAGCGAGCUGUACGACUGCGAGGAAGAAGAAAUGCCAGAGGUGGAAAUAGACAUUGAUGAUCUCCUGGAGGUCAACAGUGAAGAUGAAAGAGCUGUAAAACUACAGGAAUCCCUAACAGACUGCUAUAAGCCCACUGAUGCUUUUGUGCAGGAGCUGCUCGGGAGGAUAAGGGGUAUGAGGAAACUCAACGCGCCGCAGAAGAAAAGCCUUUAAAGUGCUCACAAAAUGCCAACGACAAUCCAAUCCAGCGAAAAAGGACUGCAAGUCCCACAAUCCAUCGCUCAGCCUCAACUCAUUAUGUCAGAACACAUCCCUCUGCUUUGGAAAGCUCAAGAUGCAGUCUGGACUACAAAUCCCAGAAUGCAUCCAGUCAUCCAGAACUAUAUUCCACCUACAAACCUCAGUUAGGUCCUAGCAUAACAUCUACUUAGCAUAGGCCACCACAAACCUCAGUCUAACAUUAAUCCAUUACAGGCCGAUAACAUUUACAUUCUUUAAGAGUGAGGAACCGCUUGUUAGAUUUAAAUUGAACGCAACAUAACUUUUGUUUUUUGUCUGUAUUCUGCGUUGUUUUGAUUUUGUGAGUAUGAGAGAGUAUGUCCACCCUUUUUAUAGGGCAAGUCUGGAAUCUGGAACACCAGAUUUGCAUAAAAGAAUAAGCUCCUCCCCUUUUCUGGAGCAAGGCAUGUUGGGUAAUGUAGUCCCUCACAAAAGGCCUGUCAGCCGUUCAAAUUAAGGUUUUUAACACGUCUUCCUGAGAUUUCGGUUCAUUACUCAUUUCAUAGCUGACAUUAGCAUAUCACUCUGCUCCAUGUAAUUCGUUGUCACAGAUUGCACACUGUUGUGUAGCUAAAACCUUGACUGUACUUGUGUAGAAGGAAUUUGCCAGUUCAUAGAUCCAAAAAUGGAAGAGUAUAAAGACUGUUACGGUAAUAUCUGAUAUGCAUAGCAAGUGGCAAGUGAUAAGUAGCAAGAAUUUGGAUAUUUUAAAUAUUAUUAUUCAAUUCUACCCCCCCUCCCCUUCUCCUUCAGAGAUGUACAGAGGCUGCCAAAGAGUAAAAUGGUGGUACUUGAUAUAAAGAGCUAUGACUGUAAGUGAACUUGUGUAAAAUAGUCACCCUUUUGAAAUGCCAAUACUAGUAUUCACCUCACUGUUUUCAUACUCAUGGAUCAGAUUUUGUGUAGAGAUGAUAUAUAAAUCGUAUAAUAAGGAAACCAGGAGAAAAAAACAAACAAAAACAAACUAUGGUGCUGUUACUGUUCUAUCCCUGUUUAAUUCUUCGGUGCAGUGACUGGUGGGUUUAGUCUUUAGGUCAUCAAAGAGAGAGUGAGAUGUCCUGUUGAAGCGAUAGUUUGGUAAAAUGUCAUGUUUUUCCCCUUUCCCCAAAUAUGAUCAGCCAAGAUGCAUGAAGUUUACUUUAGCUUUGUUGAUGGGAUACAAUACAAAGAUAUUAUUUUAGAAAGAAACCACAUAAGCAAGUCUAUUUGUGAUUACUUGGAGGAAUUCCACAGACUUUUCACAAUUUCUGCGUAAUUCGAUCGCUGAGAUGUAAAUAGUCAUCCAUAGUGGUUUGAUGUGAAAUGAUGCAUUGUUGAGAACUGACUCAGAUGUCUCAGUGGUGGUGAUGGGAACCAGGGUUCGCAAUGUCUACAGUGGAAAUAUUUCCAUUUUAUUUACCAUCCAAAAUGACUAGUGAAGCAACAUGUGUCUGAGUUUUUAAAUGUAACAUUCAUUUGUCCACUCUUUUAUUGUAUGUCCACUGUUUUUAUGAGGCAAGGUUGGGAUCUGAAUCACCAGAUUUGCAUAAAGGAAUAAGCUCCUCCCCUUCUUCUGAAUCAAGGCAUGUUGGGUAAUGUAGUCCCUCACUACAUUAUCCAACAUGCUGAUAAUGGUUCAAUAACGUAAUGUUUUCUUUGUGUAGUAUUAUCAUUAAUAAUAAUAUCAUCAUGAUACCUUACAACGUUCAGUAUGUUCCUCUCCACCAUUAACAAACCUGUCAUAAAACCAUGCCUCAGACCAUAGUAUGCAUUUUUUAACCAUUUCAUGUAAAAGCUUUCUGUGAAGGAACUUUUAGAGGCUUUAGAUGUCUGGUUCCUAUCAUAAUCACUGUGAACAAUUCUGACUUGCUAGAAAGGAGUUUUUCACAUCAAACCACUCUGAAUGUCUUUGUCUUAACAUUUUUUAAUGAUGCAGUAAUUUUCAAAAAUCGUGGGAACACAAGCUCUGAAGCCAGUUUGUGAGUUAGCACAUUUCCUCUGUGCUAAUUACUGAUGUAUCAGCUUCCAUUACUUUCUAGCAACAUUAGCUCUGUAGCUCCAGUGCAAAAAAAACUCGAAGCGAAUUUCAGACACUAAACCUUUCUUGACUAAUCGACUAAAUUUAGGUGAAGGGGAAAACUGUACCUUUACUUUGUCACCAAGCCAUUUGUUAUUUGUAAGCAGAUCAGAGAGCAUGCGGGAGAGUUUUCCUCUCUCUGGGCCUGUUAGUCAUGCGGUGGGUUUUUAAAGGUCUCUUUCAUGUGUGUUCAGGAUGCACCGACUCUUCUGUGCGAGAGAAUUCUUCAGGGUUUUUCAGGGUUUAGGAUGAUCUUUUUCAUUUUUUCAUUUUUUUUUUUUAAUUAGUAAAUUCUGAGAACCUUAGGGGGGAAAAGGGUAUUUGAGUAUUUAGUGAAUGACCUUAUUUUACUUUUGCAUGCAUUUUAAUGGCAUGAAGACGAAGGGAACGUUUUUAGCCCAACACUUAUGUAUGAAAUCGUUUGUCUGUUUUUAUACCUUAUUACUUUUUAUUAUUAUGAUUAUUAUUAUUAUUAUUAUUAUUAUUAUGAAAAUGCACAACUUCAGGAUUUUUGACUGUAUAUCAGCAUUAUGGGAUUUUUUUUUAGCAUUAUUAUUAUGUAUUGUGUGUGUGUGUGUGUGUGUGUGUGUGUGUGGUAUUUUUGCGUUAUUUUCAUUAAAACAAAUAAAAAAAUGACUCCCUGUUGGUUUGAAUUUGACCACACAAAUACAGCAAACAUGCUCAUAUGCGUCUUCAUGUAUGAUUUAUUACCAUAAUGUCCUGGUUCAUAGGUUACCGUAGGCCAUGUCUGUAUGAAUGUGCUUGUGCA